CCCUCUAGAGGAGGAACUCUGGUCUAAACAGGAAACAGUUACAUUUCCCGCCUUCGGUUUGUGGGAGUCGAACGAAAAGCAUUUCGGGUAACGUUGAAAAGAUGGCGGACGACGCUGAGCAGCAGCAGAGCAGCAACACGGUGGAAGAGCCUCUGGAUCUGAUCCGACUCAGCCUGGACGAGAGGAUCUAUGUGAAGAUGAGGAACGACAGAGAACUGCGCGGCAGACUGCACGCCUAUGACCAGCACUUAAACAUGAUCCUGGGAGAUGUUGAGGAGACUGUGACGACUGUGGAGAUCGACGAGGAGACGUAUGAGGAGAUUUAUAAGUCGACGAAGCGGAACAUCCCCAUGCUGUUUGUCCGAGGGGAUGGAGUCGUGUUAGUGGCUCCGCCGCUGAGGGUCGGGUGACUUCCUUCAGUCGAACACAGAGUAUCUACACAAUUAUGUUUUGACUCUAGAUUCUUCAAGUGGAUGGACUAUGUGGACGACAUUUUUUUUUUCGGAACCACGGAGCUGUAAAUCUGUUUAUUCUGAAAGUUGAUUGUUUUACGUUUUGGAAACCCGUGUUGGUCGCACUUGAUUUGCGUAAUGUGUUUUUGACUGUCAUUAAAAUUCCUGAAGUUCA